AUGCCUCGCAAUCCGAAGAGUGAUACCAAGCAGGACUCCCCCGAACCUCCUACAUCAUUUUUCGGCGUCCUCAUGCAACGUAUUCUCACUCUUCUUUCCUCAGUCAUUCACUCCGGAAUCGUACGGAAGCAAUCUGCUCUUCCCGUCCCCCCACCUGAAAAAUUUCACAUGGGGGAAGAUUUCCACCGCUGGGCUCGGGCGGCCCAGGACUAUAUCGAAUUUGUGCCGCCAUCAGAUCGCAGAAUUGUGCUACUGUCUCUCAUCGAGGGCGAAGCCAAUGAUAUUGUGCGCGAUGAAGGUGUACUCGACGCACCCAUCACCCCGAAAACUUUCCAGAGACAUCGAGAUUGCCUGACAGAUCGCCUCCAUGCAGCGGAAUUCGUUCAUCUGUUCCAAACACGCAUCCAACUCCCUGGCGAACGGCUGACCUCGUUUGUUCGUGCACUCCGUCGCCUAGCAGUGGAAGCAUUACCGGACGCUGACCCCAUCGACCGCGACGCGAAGGUGCUCACGCAGAUCCUGGUGCGUACAGGGGACCCACCGUUGAAGCGUCGCUUCCUGCUCAGCCAACCAUCUACCGUAGCGGCAGCAUUGGACACCGCCCGGCGCCUCGAAAAGAUUGAAGCUGUACUCAGUCACGAUUAA